GAGAAAAGUUGCCUUUUCUUUUUAUGGAAUCACUUGUCUAAAAAUGCUUAUUUUAUUAGCUAUUAACUUCUUUUAAAUUCGAGUAGAUUCAAAAUUCUUUCUAGUUUAGGUAAUUUUUUGCAUAUGCCUCUGAAAGAUUCUUCAGAAAGUCAAUAAUGAAAAUUCAUUUCUUCCUCAUCAUGUCAAAUAUAGUGCUUAAACUGACACAGCAAAACCUCAGCUGAGUUUUGAAAACUGGAAAAAAUUUGCUCUGAUCGAAUGAUUUUGCCAUGAUCAUCAUUGAUUUUAAAAUUCAAAACAAAGUUUGAUCAGCACAGACCUAAAGAUUUAAGGUGGAACUGUGACGGGUAGUAUGAAGCUGGAGCUUCGAUGAAUGAGUGAACUAACUCUACAUCCUAUGUACCACACACUCACAUACAUCUACGUGUAAAGGAGAGGAUAGGAUAAAAAAAGCCCAGAACGGAACGGUUUCCUCAUCGUAAAUUUCACUCUGACUUUUUGUAAUCUAGCCAUACCAAUCUAGUUUACCCGUGAGGGAGUUCACAAAAUUUUGCAUUUUUUUUGUGCAAAAAUUGUAAGUCAAAACGUGCCAGUAAGCCAGAGGAGCAUAGAUAACUGAAGGAUAAUUUUACUGAAGAAAUGCAAACGGAAAGGCGUUUAUAUAAGACAGUUAUAAGUAACUGAUCAUAAUUGUACACAUUAGUCGCUGAGAAGUACACGAGAGUUAUAGAACUGAGUUCUACGCUAUAGAUACACUCGAACAGUGUAAACCCUUGUUAGAAACGGUCUGUAGUUCGGCUAAAAAAAGACAUAAUGAAAAUUCACAUUUUAGACGAUAAGAACCGUUUUUUGAAUCGUUUUGUAAUUAGAAACUCUUCGACACAUUAGUUUCAGUUUUCACUUCUCUUUAAAGCUAAUUAUUCAAAUGAUAAAAGGGAAUAUUUCAGUUUAUUCCAUAUGGGAUCAACUACUAACAGUCUUACACCAUCGAUUUACUCAACUGGACUUGAACAGACUUCAAUCAAGGGUGAGUUUUGUCUUUGUUUCUGAAACUUAAAAUAAGUAGAUAAAACCAUUUAUGUCUUGAUUACAGAUAAACGGAUCAAUAAACCAAAAAUUACAUAUAUCCUUAACAACGCCUCCCAAAUUAAGUAUCAACACGUUUGUUAUUCUCAGUGCAAACGAUUUAGAUGAAAUAGUGGCAUCUGUUAUACUUCUGGACCAUGUGGGCAUUUUAGAUGCAUUUGGAUGUGAUGAGGAUAGAGCUAUUCAUCGUGAAAGUGAAGGAAUUCUACCAAUACUCAGUGAUGUACACUAUUUUCCAAACGUUGUUAUUAAUCACAUAAUCGAAUUUCAUAAACAAGUGUUUCAUCACUGGACCCCGUUAAUUAGCCCAAAAUAUAUUAAAUGAUAUUUUAUAGCCACAACAAUUUUUUAGUAAAAUAGGGUCCACAUUUGAUUAAGGUGAUUAUAGUUGUACGAUAUGCUGUUGCGAUUGUAGGUUUUGUUUUUUCAGCAUUAGGACAUUUAGCACCUGAAUUUGAAACACCUCAAUUAUUCAAAGACAGAGAUUUUUGGGAUUCACUUAGUAAAAAUAUUGAACAAAUGAAUAUAAUGUUAACUCGAUUUAGUAAUGAUGAAAUGAUGUCUACUAAAUCAAAUAAAACAUUGACAACAUUAAUUAUGAUUAAUAAUGGUAUAUCUGAUCUUGCAGCAAAAGUAAUUGGUGAUUUAUUAAGUGAAAAUAAAACAUUACUUAAACUAAAUAUAAGUCGAAAUACCAUAACCGAUAUUGGUAUAAAAUGCAUUGCUAACGGGUUAUGUAAUAAUCAAGCUUUAACCUAUUUAAAUGUAAAUGAUAAUCGUAUAGCAGGACAAGGAUUAUCUCUAUUAUUACAAACAUUAACAAUUCUUCAUAUGAAUUACAACGAUAUCACUGAUCAAAAUUUAAUUCAUAAUCGUAGACGUAAUUUUGGCGCUCAAUAUAAUGUUGAUUUAUUUGAAAUAAAAAGUGUAAUAACGGGUGCGGCAGAAUAA